UGCAAUAAUGCGAACACUUCUGCAUCUGUUAGGCAUUGCCACUGUGUGUUUGCCUCCACUACAUUAGGGGCAUCCUGUAUUUCUUCAGAUCAUCGCGUCCAUAACAUUAUUCUCCCCCACCGCAACGCAAGAACUUGGGGUCUUGGGCAACUGCGCAGCAGGGCCUGCAGCUGCAGGGGCAUACAUACUGCUACGACUGAGCGAGCCACGAAAACCAUGAAGAAGACCGUCGUGCUGUACCCGGGCCUCUCCGUCAGCCACUUCGUCCCCAUGCUGCAGCUCGCCGACGCCCUCCUGGAGGCGGGCUAUGCCGUCACCGUGGCCCUCAUCGACCCCAGCCUGAAAGGAGACAUCGCCUUGGCCGCGGUCAUCGACCGCGUGUCCUGCUCCAAGCCGUCCGUCGUCUUCCACAAGCUGCCACGGAUCCAGGACCCUCCCACCAUUGUCCACGACGAAAAUUUCAUCGUCAGGUACUCCGAGCUCGUGGCGCGCCACCACGGUCACCUGCACGACCUCCUCGUCUCCAUGGCUCCUGGCAGCAUUCACUGCUUGAUCGUGGACAUGAUGUCCAUAGAGGUACUUGAUGUCACCGACAAGCUCGGGAUCCCAGUAUUUGCCUUCUUCCCCAUGAAUGCCUCUGUCCUCGCCGUGUCCGUUCAGCUGGUUUCAUCGACCCGUGCUGAAGGCCAGCCAGCUGGUUUCGAAGAGGAAGGAGACACGCCCCAAAUUUUCUAUGGCGUCCCACCCCUGCCGCCCUCUCACCUCUCUGAUAAGUUGCUUGGGAAUCCAGGGAGCGAGGCAAAAAAGGUACGACUGAACAUGAUGCGCAGAAUCCAAGAAACCAAAGGAAUUCUAGCGAACACGUUCGUGUCGCUCGAGGCUCGUGCGGUGAAAGGUCUUGGGGAUCCACGGUGGUUCCCCACGAUGCCUCCGCUGUACUGCGUCGGGCCAUUGGUCGCCGGGUACAGCGAGGCCACAGAAAGGCACGAGUGCCUGAAAUGGCUCGACGAGCAACCAGAUCACAGUGUUGUGUUCCUCUGCUUUGGGAGCGUAGGGACAGGCAACCACUCCGAGGCGCAGCUCAAGGAGAUCGCCGCUGGCCUCGAGAGGUCCGGCCACCGGUUCCUAUGGGUGGUGAGAGCCCCUUCCCACGAUGACCUAGAGAAACCAUCAGACCCCUGCGCUGACCCAGACCUUGAUGCCCUUCUGCCCGAGGGCUUCUUGGGGAGAACCAAUAGCCGUGGUCGCGUAGUCAAGCUAUGGGCACCUCAGGUGGAGGUGCUCCACCACCGGGCGACGGGGGCGUUCAUGACGCACUGCGGGUGGAACUCGGUGCUGGAGGGGAUCACUGCGGGCGUGCCGAUGCUCUGCUGGCCUCUGUAUGCGGAGCAGAAGAUGAACAAGGUGUUCAUGGUGGAGGAGUACGGGGUUGGCGUGGAGAUGGUGGGGUGGCAGCAGGGCCUUGUCACGGCGGAGGAGGUAGUAGAGGCCAAGGUAAGGCUUGUGAUGGAGUCCGAGAAAGGGGAGCAGCUCAGGGCACAGGUGAUGGCACACAAAGAGGCUGCAGACAUGGCGUGGAAGGAUGGUGGAUCGUCUCGCGCGGCGUUUGGCAAGUUCUUGGUGGACGUUCACGCUGGCCUGGGGCUAGCACGCCGCUGAAUUACUAGUAACAUGAUUAUGACGUUCUUACGCGCGUUACAUUAUUAUAUUACACUCCUACUCUCUUUGAAUGGAGGGAAUCAGCUAUGCAGUCCUUGAGGUUUUCUUCAUGCGUCAUGUACCUUGUUAGUUGUUUGUACAUCUUUUUCUUAAGCCCACAUCUUUUGGUAUUGCCACAAUGUAAUAAUGUUGUGUUGUUCGUAUAAUUUGGACAAGAUAUGCUUUAAAACAAGUUUGUUCCUCGUGCACCAUGCA